AUGACUCAAGCUACCCUCAACUUCAGGCACCGUGUUACCAAGUCGACCCCGAGGAAAGUCUUCUUCUGCACUGUGUGUUCACAUCCGUUCGGUUACAAGAGCCCUAAGGUUCGAGACGAUCACAUAAGAAGGAAACACACGCAAGAGAGACUCAUGGAUCUGAGUAACACCCUAUUGGAGAGCCAAGAUGAUCUCGAAGAGCACAAUCCGAGACGAGCUACCCCCAUCUCCAACAAUCAUGAUUCCAACUCAAGCUCGGAAAAGGGCAUCCCCUCUACUUCCUGUUCAGAAUCUUCUUCAUCUGAGCAAAUCUUGCCUCAUAACCAGACCCAGAAGAACUGGAAAGGUAAACAUAUCUGUCUGAAUUGCAACGCCCAACAAGAAAGCCAGGAUAGUCUUGAACAGCACAUUCGCAGUCAGUCAUGCUACAUGAUGAGUGCUUCAAUUCUCGAUGAUGUAGCUUCCCAAUUAACAGAACUGGCAGAGGGGACCUGGGAUUUUGAACAAUACUUGUCCUUCGAGGACCUCACCACUGCGUCUGAGACGUCUACUCAGGAUUCGGAAGCGCUAAUAGCCGAUGAGUACGAGAUGUACCUCAAAGACCUUGGACUGUGA